AACCACUCAAGAGGAAGUGUGUAGUGGAUAAACGCUGACGGAAAAUAAAACUGAAAACACGGAAUUAAAAUAACGAUUUAUAUAUUAUUAUUGUUAAUGUAAACUCUCUAGAGUUUGUGUUUGUACUUCAGGGCGCUUGUUGCUUUAGGACACAGCUCGGCAGUACAUUACAAGGGUUGAGCUGCUUUUUCCUGAUGUCUGCCGAAGCUUCUGGUGGGAAUGUGGUACUGGAGCCCAGUUGUGCCCCUCCAUCCCCCAGCCAUGGCGUAGAGAAGAAGGCAGGAACAGGUCUGGCUGGAAGUAAGUACGUGAAGCUGAACGUUGGUGGAUCCCUGCAUUACACCACAGUUCAGACCCUCAGCAAAGAGGACAGCCUGCUCAGGAGGAUAUGCGAUGGCAGCGUGGAGGUCACCAUUGAUUCAGAAGGCUGGGUAGUGCUGGACAGAUGUGGACGCCAUUUCUCACUGGUGCUGAACUUCCUACGGGAUGGCACAGUGCCACUUCCCGAGAGCCAAAGGGAACUGGAGGAGGUACUUAAGGAGGCACAAUUCUACAGACUUCAGGGUCUUAUCCAGCACUGCCUUUCAACACUGCAGAAACGCAGUGAAGUCUAUGAGGGAGGCUGUCGUAUCCCCAUGAUCACUUCUGCCAAAGAGGAACAGCGGAUGAUUGCCACCUGCAAGAAACCUGUGGUGAAAUUGCAGAAUAACAGAGGGAACAAUAAAUAUUCUUAUACCAGUAACUCAGAUGACAACUUGCUGAAGAACAUUGAGCUGUUUGAUAAACUGGGGCUGCGCUUUAAUGGUAGAGUGCUUUUCAUUAAAGACGUCCUCGGAGAUGAAAUCUGCUGCUGGUCCUUUUAUGGAGAUGGACGCAAGAUUGCAGAGGUUUGCUGUACCUCCAUCGUUUAUGCCACUGAGAAGAAACAGACCAAAGUUGAGUUCCCAGAAGCUCGCAUCUUUGAAGAAACCUUAAACAUACUGAUCUAUGAGAGUGGCCGGGGCUCUGGUCAUGGAGGCAUGGGUUUAUUGGACUCAGGUGGAGUCUCUUCUCCAGGUGUGGGUCAGUCAGAAGAAGACGGGGCUGGUGUGGGGGGUGGAGACAGACGUGUGAGGAGGAUCCAUGUACGGAGACAUAUUAUGCAUGAUGAGAGGGGGCAUGGACAGCAGACUGUGUACAAAGACUGAAAGCAGGGGUUGGUAGAAAUUAUAAACGAGUUGUACGACAAGCCUAAUGGUUCUAUAACAGGAAAAUCGUGAAUAAUUCAUAUGCAGGGAUUUGGAUACAGAAUGGAUGGAAGGGGUUGAGCAGCGAUGGGUACAGUAACACUGCACUAAGAAAUAAUCUGAAGAGCCACAGUGUGGUUUCUUAUUUUUAUUUUAUUUUGUGAGGAUGAAUGUACAUCAUUCAGAUUUUUUGCUUCAUUUGUAUUUAUUAUCCUGUUAAUUUAUUGUCCAUAAUUUCCACCUUUUCUUCUUUUUUUAAGAAUAUAUGUGAGAUAUUUUGUGUGUGUGCAAAGAUUAUGAAUGGACAAUGGUGAACUGUGAUGUUUUCUAUGCGGAUGUAUGUGUUGGGUGCUGGCUGCAGACAGGUAUUUACAAGCAACUCAUACUCGACUGAUAUAUGAUGCAUGUUCCUGCUAGAACGGGUGCCGAUCUGGACCCCUUAAGGUGUCCCAACGGAAAUGUUCAGGUGACCUGUAUACAAACACUCCAGUGUUGCUCAUCCUUUUCAUCAGCAACUGCAUCUGUAGUUUGUGUGAUUGUGACAUACAGGAAUUUAAGUGUUUCCCUGUCUUGAGGAAAGGGUGGAAUCCUGUACACGCAAAACACAUUUGUAAUAUAAUGAGAGUUAUAAGGCAGUUGUGAUACCUGUCAGGAAGAAACAGUGCAUACACAAGAAAACUAGCACAAUUACUUUCUAAUGAUAAAGAAAAGAAAGAGACUUUAAAAAUGAUUCUCUUUUGUGGUUUUAUCUUACUUUCUGUCACUUUUUAACAAGAUUUGCAGUAUGCUGGUGACUCAUAACCACAACAUCUUCCUGAUGUAGUUCUAGGGAAGAAUAUACAUGAUGCUUUAGAACAAAAUUGACUAUGCUUGCAUUAUAACUGGGUUUAUUGAAACACAAUUUCCAUUCUUUUUUUUGUACAGGUAAACAUGCCAAAAGGCUUUCUUUGUAAUACUCACACAUGCUACAGGUAUGCUUGAUGGAGUCUAGUUUAAAAACACUGGAGUAUUUCUUUGAGGAUGUACAUCUUGAUUUAGAAAUCUGCUAUUUUUUUCAUCAAGCACCCAAGCAAUGUACAUGUUACCUGUUUAAAUCUUUCAAAAGCCCUAUAACCCAGUUGCUAAGCCUUCCCAAAAUAUGUAGGAAUAUGAAAACACCUGACCAUUUACUUGAAGACCGACUAGAACGUAAUCCAAGGCAUAUUUUUGGCCCAAACAUUUGAAAUUGAAGAAAUGUUGUGCUGAUUUGGCUAUAGCAGGUUUUCUGUAACCAGAAAAUCAUCUAACAAACUGACAAACCUGAGCAGAAAAAAAGUUUGUACAGUAGCUCACUUUACAAAAAUGCCAAACAUUGUUGCAUAUCCACUGCAAAAUCCACUGCAAAAUCCACUGCAGUUUGUGACCCACCGAGGUCUAUUUUUUUAUAUCCAAAUAAAUAAUACCUUCUUUUUUUAUGUAACAAUAAUCAAAAAGAUCAUUUUGUUUGUCAAAUCAAAAAGAAAACCUGCCAUGGAGUCAUUCCAACAUGAAGUGACACACUCUGUGUAAGCAAGUUUAUGCAGCCCAAGCUGUAUGUAACUGGUAUUUCAAUUAUACAACCAUGACUCUUAAUAACAUGGGUAUAAUGAUUCAUUGCUAAGCUGUCAAGCUGCUGUUUAUAGGAUAUGAAGAGCUGUUGCACUAGACCACUCAUAUUUCUUAAAGUGUCUCAUGGGAAUUGUUCUCCACAGCCAGUGAAACAACAAUGUAAUGCUUACACUCACUCUGUUUAAACAACGUACAUUAAUAAAUACAUUAAUAUACACAGUAUUAUCAGAAGUUUCUAAUGCUUAUGAGACCUUAAGUGUUGUUUGGUAGCCUGUUAUUCUGCCCAUUAAUAAAUGUUUUUAAUACUUUAA